UUUAACUGUAGGAGUUUGGUCUUCAAAUCUACUAUCAAAUUGUUUACGCAGAAGGAGAUAAUAAACCCUAAUUUACGAACAACCCAACCCCAAUGUGUUCGGCAACAGGGCUUACAUUCACCCACGCUGGUUACGGUACCAAAAUACUCUUAUCCUAAAUUUCCUAAUUAAACCUAUCUGUUGCCCAGCGACGCAACACAAAACAAACGCACCAACUUAUAACUAUAUGUUAAUGAGUUCUUCAAUUUUUAAUCGUCCUUCAGAUGUCAUUCUCUGCUCCUUCAGCGGGAAAUUAGCAAAAUGAAUUGGGAAUUUAAAGUAAUUCCUGAGCAAAGGUGGACAAGAUUGCUAGGAAUAUAUAGAGAAGAAGAAACUUCCGCAUCCCUCUAAAUAGUUUUUGAAGAGGUUGCAAAGGAGGCCUUGAAUUAUUUGGAGAUGAUUUUAUUAGGAACCAAAUAAUGAGGGAAUGUCCCUAAAUGGGUAUGCUGAAAUGUCUGGGAGAUUCUAAAUUUAUUCAGUGGGGACUGUGUAUUGUUCAAGAAAAAUAAAAUAUAUGGUCUGUGGUUAGUGUCACUGUGGUGAUGGUUUUGAAGAUGACAUUAUAUAAAGGAGAAUCAAGUUCAUUUAUGGCAGAGAGGAAAAGGGAAAUGGGGAAUGAGGUGCAUAAUGCUUUGCGUAAUAAUACUGAUAGAAGUAACAAUUGUCCGGUGGACACUUCUUUUGUGCAUGAGUUUUCACUGGAAAGAGAUUCACAUGUAGAAUCUGCAGUUAGUAUUGGCUCAGAGUCUGGCUUGACAGAGGCUCUGUCUAAUUCCAAUUUGAAUUGUUUGAAGAGGAAAAAUAAAAGAAGGAAGAAGAAGAUAAAAAAUGCUCCUAAGAUUGAUAAUAUAGAUGUUGAUCUUCAGGGAGUUACUUCUGAAACAAUGACUGCUCCCUUCAGAACUGAGGCUCCUGUUGAUGUGAGCACAAUGAAGAUUUCUGAAACUUCUCCGUUUGAAAUAGAUGUUAUCAUUGAUAUGAGCACAAAGAUGGAUUUGGUUGCUACUCCUGCUAAAGGAGGGAGCUUCUUAAAUAAUUUUAAUAAUAGUAAUAAUGAUGCAAGUCAUGAUUAUCCUGAGGGAGCUUCUUUAAUGCAGGAUACUCUAUUGAGUAGAGAUUCAUAUGUAGAAUCCAUGGUCAAAACUGGUUCACAGUCUGGUUUGUUGGAGGCACAAUCUAAUUCCAAUUUGGAUUGUUUGCAUAUUGAGAAAAAGAAAAAGAGGCCGAGGAAGAAAAAGAAGCUUAAUGCUCCAAAAACUGAUGAUAUAGAUGCUAGUCUUCAGGAAGUUACUUCUGAAACUAUAACUGCUCCCUUAUUGACAGAAGCAUCUGUUGAUGUGAGCAUAAAGAAGAUUCCUGAAACUGCUUCCAGUGAAGUGGAGGUUAUGUGUGAUGCAAGACCAGAGAUGGAUUUGGUGGAUACUCCUGUUGAAGUAGGGAGCUUCUUAAAUAAUAACAAUAAUGAUACAAGUCAUGAUUUCCCUAAGGGAGCUUCUUUAAUGCAGGAUAUUCCACUGGGAAGAGAUUCACAUAUAGAAUCCAUGGUUAAAAUUGGUUCAGAGUCCGGUUUGAUAGAGGAACAAUCAAAUUCCUAUUUGGAUUGUUUGCAUAAUAAGAAAAGAAAAAAGAGGCCGAAGAAGAAAAAGAGGCUUAAUGCUUCAGAAACUGAUUAUAUGGAUGUUAAUCUUCAGGAAUUUACCACUGAAACAAUUACUGGUCCCUUAGGAACAGAAGCUUCUGUUGAUGUGAGCAGAAAGAAGGUUCCUGAAACUUCUACCGGUAAAGGAGAGGGUAUGUAUGAUUCAAGCACAAAGACAGAAUUGGUGGCUACUUCUAUUAAAGAAGGGAACUUUUUAAAUAACAAUAAUAAUACAAGUUAUGAUUCUCGGAAGGGAGCUUCCUUAAUGCAGGAUAUUCCACUGGGUAGAGAUUCAUAUGUAGGCUCCAUUGUUAAAAUUGGUUCAGAGUCUGGUUUGAUAGAGGAACAAUCUAAUUCCAGUUUUGAUUGUUUGCAUAAUGAGAAGAGGAAAAAGAGGCCAAAGAAGAGAAAGAGGCUUAAUGCUCCAAAAACUGAUUAUAUGGAUGUUAAUCUUCAGGAAGUUACUACUGAAACAAAUACUGGUACCUUAGGAACAGAAGCUUCUGUCGAUGUGAGCAGAAAGGUUCCUGAAACUGCUACUGGUGAAGUAGAGGGUAUGUGUGAUACAAGCACAAAGACAGAAUUGGUGGGUACUCCUGUUAAAAUAGGUCCGAUGAAUAUGAGUCGUGGACAGAGAAAGAGGCUGAGAAAAAAGAAACUAAAGGAGAAUCGUAAUGAUUCUGUGACAACGGAUAUGUUUGCAGAAAGGGACUCAUCCUUACAGCUGCCAGUCAACAUAGGCUCAAGCAAUAUCUCAAUGGAGAAACAACCUAAUGAGGAUAUUGGUUUGUUACUGGAAAAGAAUGAGAGGAAUAAGGAGGGUGAUGGUCAUAAGGACUCUGAAAAUAAUAGUCCAGCUACUCUACAAAGGACUAAUGGUCAGCAUUUUGGAAAAGAGGAUGUGAAAAUUUCUCCAAAAGGGUUGGAUUUGGAUUCAAUGAAGGGAGAUUUCCACCUCUCUAGAAAUCACAUUUGUUUUCAGAAGAGUACAAAUCUGAUGGAGAAACAAUAUCUUCCUUCUGAGAAUUAUGUUGAUUCUCAUGAAAAAUGUGAUGCUAAGAGCUCUCGUAGGAAGAGAAAGAGAAAGAGAAAAUUCUCUAAGUCUUCGGUUAAUAGUUCAGACUGCAUAAUGAAGAAUGUGUCUGUACUAUUAGAAGGGUGUCUCGAAGAUAAAAACAUAGAGAAAGCAGGGGAGGUCAAGAUUACAGUGCAGAAAGCAUCUGGUAAGGACGGUGGUUCUGUUCAAAGUUCAUCUGGUUCCAAAGAAAAAACUUCUGAUAAUAUAUCUGAUCAUCAUACAGUCUGCAAGCAUCUAAAGCAGAAAAAUGUGAAUUUAGAGAUCAAGACCAAAGAAGUAUCUCCUUCAUCACAUUUGGUUAUAAAAGAUGAUUGUACUGUAAAUGAAACUAAUAAAGAAGGGAAUCAUCAACAUUCAUCCCACUCUGUUCCCAUAAGAGCAUGUAUUGGCCAUUCGAAAAAGAAGCUUCUUGUACUUGAUGUGAAUGGAAUUCUCGUACAUAUUACUCAACAGCCUGUUCAUAAGGGAUGGAAGCCACACUUUGUAGCAUCAAAAAAAGCAGUAUUUAAGAGGCCAUAUUGCUGUGACUUUCUGCAAUUUUGCUUUGAGAGAUUCAAUGUGGGAAUUUGGACCUCAAGAAUCAAGAAGAAUGUUGAGAGAGUGGUUCAAUUUCUUUUGGGUGGUUUCAAACAUCGUUUGCUUUUCUGUUGGGAUGCAUCCCACUGCAGAAAAACUGGGCUCUUCACAAUUGAGAAUAAGAAGAAACCCCUCAUUCUGAAGGAGUUAAAAAAGUUGUGGGUGAAAGCAGAGCGAGAUCUCCCAUGGAGAAAGGGAGAGUAUAAUGAAACAAAUACCUUGUUGGUAGAUGAUUCACCAUAUAAGGCCUUACGCAAUCCAGCUUACACUGCAAUAUUUCCCUAUUCAUACCAGUACUGGGAUACUGAAGAUAAAUCAUUAGGACCAGGUGGUGAUCUUCGGGAAUAUCUAGAACGGUUAUCACAUGCUGAGAAUGUUCAAGAAUUCGUUAGACAAAAUCCAUUUGGUCAACCACCUAUUAAUGAAUCAAAUCCACAUUGGAGAUACUAUAGCAAGGUGUUCCGCACCAGGUCAAACCGAACUCGUUACAUUAGCAAUACUUCCAUUGUUAAUACUAAUGAAGGUCAGCAGAUACGCCAGCAAACACUUCUCCGAAUUAUUUCUGAUCCCCAGUGACAAUAGUCAAGAUACUUGUAGGAAAUUCUGUGAUUGAGCAAACUAAUCCAGGAUAUUCACCAUAGGCGAAUUGAUUAUCUAAGGGUUUUUUUUUCAUCACAUUGGAUUUUCUUUUAGUCUAUAACCAGAAGCGAAAUUGUACCGGGUGGCAUCAGACUCCCACAUGAAUUCAUUUUUGUUGUCCUGAGCCCUUGAUUCUUGAUUUUUAUCACAUGUUUACAUUUUAAAGUAACACACUGAUAUUUAUUGACAAAUUUUGUGAGCAAAGAAGCUCGGAUAAAGUUGUAUCAGUUUGUUUGAUUUGGCACCAACUGUUGUAGUAACAAGAUAAGGUUUUUGGUUGGGGUUUAA